CUGUGAGUUCUCGCGAGAUUGUUUGUCAGCGGAGUAGAGGAAAUGGAAGCCUCUGCUAAACAACUUGCGCUACCUGGAUGAAUAUAAAUACAACAAGAAAAUUACGGUUCAAAUCUAAGUGGAACGGCAAUUGAUGGUACAUAACCUUAAAAUCUGGCUUCGGCAGUCACUGGCUUAUUAGCUGUACAGCGUUGGUAACUGUGGAUGUCAGCACAGACCCAAUGGAAACUCAUAGAGUCAUCGAUGGUAAUAAUUCAGAGCAACAGCAGAGUCAGACAGACCUGACUGUUAGGCCAACUCUGUCACAGGUCAAAAAGUCCUGGGGAUUCAGGCGUUCAACCAUAGCUAGACGGGAGUUCAUGGAAGAAGUUGGAGACUUAACACAUAGCCCUCCAAUUGUACGGAGAGGCAGAAGUCGGCGAACUAACCAGACAACUGAGGCUGUUACUACUCCAACAACUAGGAGUGUUAUAGAAGACCUUGAGUGGUCUACCCCAUCAUCACCUGUAUCAGUGGACAGCAAGACUAGCCUAGAAGCUUCUGCAGCAGGGAGCCUUGACCCCAGCCUUUGGCAAGAUUUUGGGUCUGCCUUUCACACUGCCUUUUCACUGCUUGGUGGUAAUGAAGAUUUGUCAAUGGACAUACCAGAUGCACUGGUGGCCUCUAAUGUUUUGGACGCUACUAAUGCUGUUGAGGCUCUGACUUCACAGGCAUUUGGUGAAACUGUGGUGUCUGAUGUUUUGGAAUCUGCAGAGGACAUGGAAUUGUCACUACCGGUUGCUCCUAGCAGUGUGGAGGGUGGGGAAAUUGAGGACAUAGUAAUAAUAUCUAGUCAAGAAGAGGACAGUGAUGAAAUGACUUUAAUACAAAUGAAGCAACAGCUGGCAUCUGCCAGCGGUCGGGGAGAAACAAGUGCUAGAGGGGGAAAAGGUACAAGAGGAAGGGCCAAGGGAAAGGGGAGAGGCAAAGGAAGAGGAAGGGGAAAGAGUAGAGGAAGGGGGAGAGGUAGGGGCAGAGCAGUGGAGCUUGUUUCCAGCUUCGCUGAUGUACAGGGAAACAACAAUGAUGUGAUGCUUGUUAACCCAUCUGAGCAACAGCAGGAGCAUUUGCAAGAGGAGGAAAAAAACAAUAAUCCACUCACAGCUUCAAUAGAGAAAUCACCUGCUCACAAUAAUAGUUCCACUCAGCACUCAAGCACAGACUGCAUAAUGGUAGACACUGAAUUAGACCAGAUUACUGAUGUAAUUCCUGGCCAGUGUAAUGACGUGUCUGAAGGGGAGGAGGAACAAAAGGAGGAGGGGAAGGAGAUCGAGAAAGACGUGAAGACUGUAAGAGAGUAUUUGAGCAUCUCGGACACAGAGGGUUAUGACUCUAAUGCUCUAUACUGCAUCUGUCGACAAAAACACAAUAAAAGGUUCAUGAUCUGCUGUGACACUUGCCGGGAGUGGUUCCACGGUGAAUGCAUUGGUAUCAAUGAGACACAGGGUCUUGACAUGGAGGAAAAAAAACAAGCCUUUACCUGCCCCACCUGCAACACGAAGAAGGAACCUCAAUCCGAGUCUCACCUGCAACCGGAGCAUGGUCUUGGCUUUUUAAAUUAUUUGACACAAGGUGAAGAAGGAGAGGGGCACAAGGAUCAGCAUGCCAUCAAGGAAACCUUGCACAAGAAGGGGAAUCAACAGAAUGCUUCUGUGACAGUGCUAAAUCCUGAACAUCAAGAUAAUUUGGAGAGUAAUGACUCUGUUGCUCUAUGCAUUGGACCUGGGUGCUUAAAGCAAGCCCUUCCAGACUCUGGUUAUUGUGGCACUGACUGCAUUCUUCAGCACGCUGCUGUCACUAUGAAGGCACUAUCUGGCACUAAGGUGCCCAAGACCAGAGGAAGAGCACAAAAGGCUCCCAAUACAACAUGCAAUGCUAGGGGUCAGAAGUCAACUAGGAUGUCAAAGAGGUUAGCUGGAAAAGCUAAGGAGGAAGGUGAAAAAGAGGCAGCAGAGGAAGAAGGCUGUACAGAUGCUGAAUCUUCGUUAGCCUGCAACCCCAGUCUCACAGAAGUUCAGGCCCUUUGCAUACCAUCGUCUCAGUUUUGCACAGUGUCUGAAAAGAACUUUAUAGAGGUGAAAGCUGAGAGUAAGGCUGCGACUUCCUUACCGCCGUCUUCAGAGGACACUGCUACAGAUGAUGCUCCCUCUUCCCAGAUUGUCAGUGAGACAGAUCCACUGCAGAGAAACUCUGAAGAAAAAGCAAAGGAUUUGGAUAACAAAGAAAAAUUGAAGGAACAAUCUGCUGAAUUAGAUGCCUCAACACCACCUGUUCGAACAACUUCUCCUGUUAAGCAUUCCUCAUCCAAUUUAACAUCUCAACCACAUGAAACGGGGGCUCCUGUGGUCCCAAAAACCACAUAUGUCAUACCAAAGAAACAGGCUGGGGCUCAGCCUCCAUCAAGCAGCCACGUAUCAGCAACAGCAUCAGGCCAGAAAACUUCAUCAACCCCUGCGCUGCUGAAUGAAACCCGAAUUCUGCCUGUCUCCCCCGCACCCAGUGCUCCAUCCUCCAGGCCCUCUCAGCCCAAUAACCAGGUCAGACAGAGCAUUCAGCGUUCUCUCACCAGCAUCCUGCUAAAAAGGUUGAGCGAUUGUGAGGAUUUGGAGAUGUCUGAGAAUGAAGUUACGAAGCUUGUUGCAAGCUUCGAGAUGGAGAUGUUUGACAUAUUUCGCAACACAGACAGCAAAUACAUGAACAAGUACAGAACUAUAAUGUUCAAUCUCAAAGACCCAAAAAAUAAGGGUUUAUUGUAUCGGGUUGUUUCUGGAGAGAUCAGUCCCUUUAGACUGGUCAGGAUGAGCCAGAAGGACAUGCAGGCCACCAAAGCACCAGAACCUAAAACAAAAGAAACAGAGGCUAAGGAUGCUUCUGCUAAGGUGUCGACUACACUACUGAAGCCAGAAGCCGUGAAGGUUGAUUUGCCCAAUUUGCCGUGUUCUGCUAGACCGGACAGAAGACCAGACAAAAGACCUGAUAGCAGAUCCUAUAGCACUGUUACAUCUCAAGAACAGAAGAAAAGUCUUCCUGCUCCCAAGACCAGAACAAAUCAGCCAAACCAGGGAAGAGCUGCACCAGAUAUUCUCACCUGUAUGCUGAAGGACACAACAUCAGAGCAUAAAGCUCACCUCUUUGACGUGAAAUGCAAGAUAUGUACAGGCCAGAUGCUAGCUAACGACGAGGAUGAACCAGCAAAGAAAAAAUCCAGGAUAUCUGAAACAACAAAUAAACAGAUUGAAUCUUCUUGGAGACGAUCUGCAGGAGGCGAUUCCCCCCUUCAUGCACCACCUGACUCACCUGACAUGGAUUUACCAGCAUCUUCCCUGAUGGAUCCAACCUCUCGCCUUAUCAUUGAUUCUUCAGCACUGACUAUUGCAGAAUCCCCUGCUUCUCCCACAACGGACUCUCCAGCCUCUCCUGUUUUGGACUCCCCUGCCUCUCCUGUGAUGGACUACACUGCAUCUCCAAAUCAAGACACUUGCAGUUCUACAAAACCAAAGAGGACAUAUGCACCUGUUGUGAUUCCAGCUGUCUCCACCGUAACCAUCACACGACGUGACCCUCGUACUGCUGCUAGCAGGUUCCCUCCUAUGUCAGUUAGUAGCACAGCACAUAACAAAACAGCUACUCCUGCCCCUGACAAACAGACUAGCUCUGUCUUGUCUAUUACACAAACAUCGCUACUACCAUCCACGAAAAUCUUACCCAAAUCCAUCUUAAUGAAACCAUCUUCCUCAGCAGAUUCCAGACUGUUUGCCACAUCUAUGAGGACUAUGAUUUCAGAAUCCCCACGUGAUGGUGACACUGCUCAAUUUUUGGCCAAGCAAGAAAUCAUGUGGAAAGGCUUUCUAAACAUGCUUACUGUAGCCAAGUUUGUCACAAAAGCAUACCUGGUUUCAGGAUGUGCUGAAAAUCUUAAAGCGGAUCUGCCCGAUACAAUACAAAUUGGAGGACGGAUCUUGCCUCAAACAGUGUGGGAUUAUGUUGUGAAAUUAAAGACCUCAAUUUCAAAAGAGUUGUGUGUGAUCCGAUUUCAUCCUGCAACAGAGGAAGAGGAGGUGGCCUAUGUCUCCCUGUUUUCCUAUUUUAGCAGCAGAGGUCGUUUUGGUGUGGUUGCCAAUAACAGUAAUACAAUUAAGGAUGUAUACCUUGUUCCACUGAGUGCAAAGGAAACAAUCCCGUCCAUACUACAGCCUCUUGUUGGACCAGGACUUGAAAAAAACAGACCUAAUCUUCUUCUGGGUCUAGCAAUCGUCCAGAAAGCCAAGCGAACAGGAAUGUUGUUUCAAGAAAUUGAAGAGAAAAGACCCAGUGUUCACAUGCCGAAAGAUCCUAUGUGGAUUCCAAAACCUCCAGUACUCUAUGGUUCUGAUAAAUUAGAGAUAUUCCAACCCUAUGAUCCAGAGACUCCUUCUAGCACCUUGCAUUCUAGUUUACUAUCCUGCCCUGUGUCCCCACCAGACUCUUCCUCCUCUGGCUCAGUUACCAUGCCAUCUCUUUUGAUCUCCAUCAAGGCAGCCCCCCCUGUUUCUAACUCAGCUGUUGUUGCAGCUACUCAGUCCACCUCUAGUACAACUUCUAGCACAGAUCCCUUAACUAAAACUAAAACUCCGCUACAGACUAUCUUGAGUUUGUUUGGCAAUAAGGAAAGUAACUCCACUGACUCUUCUGAUGGAAGUUCUACUACAACAACAAGUGAUAAGGUUAUACCUGUUCCUCAAGUGUCUCAGUCACUGGUGGAUCCAAUUGUGCAACAAUAUGGACAGAGACAGAAAUCUAAAGUUAAAGAAAUAGAACACGAGGAAAAUGACUUAGACCGACCAUAUGAUCCAGAGGAGGAGUACAAUCCAGGAAAAGGAUACGGAAAGGUUAUUUCACAGAUAGAAAAACAUAAAAUAGAUAACUCUGCAUUAUCAGGCUCGGUGGAUGAUGAUGUUGCUUAUGAUCCAGAGGAUGAAACUAUUUUUGAAGAUAUUCGAAGUAAUACCAAGUCCCAUAUUCAAACAUUAGAUUCCCCAUCUUCCCCAACACCAUUCUCAACCACCCAUACUGUGGCACCAUCUGCUACUUCCACUCCAGCACAAACCUCCACUCCAGUUACUCCAAUACCAAACCUUCCAACAGGCACCGUAGUUGUCUCAGCUGCAACACUGACAGAACAACAGCGCAUGCUUGAGGAGCUUAACAAACAGAUUGAGGAGCAAAAACGUCAGUUAAAGGAGCAAGAGGAGGCACUGCGUCAACAGAGGGAGGCUGUGGGUAUGUUCAUGGCCCAUUUUUCUGUUUCUGAUUCUCUAAUGUCGCCUCCCCAAAAAUCAUUGCCUGUCAGCCAGCUGUCAUCUCAGACAACAGACAAGACCAUCAAUGCUACAGAUACUGCAGACAAAUCCAAUGUGAAUUCCCAAACACUUAAGCAAGACAACACAGCUGCUAGUCCCAAGUCGAAAGAUGAUACAGUUACAGUGCAGGAUGAAACACAGGAACUUGCAAAGGAAAGUGACAAGUAUUCCUCUGCUGGAGAGAUUGAAGAUUCUGAUGUAGCUUAUGACCCUGAGGAUGAAUCUCUAUUUAAUGAAAUUCAGGAGGAUGUUUUUCAUGGAAGCAAUAUGAAGACUUGUAAUUUAUCUUUUACUAGAACUGGGCAUAGUGUCAAUCGUAAGGGCGCAUCUCCAAAUUCACACCACAGCCGAAAGCGAAGGCUAUCACCAAAAAGGCGUCAUCGUGAAAGGGACCGCCAUAGAAGUCCUUCAAGAAAGUCACAGCGACGUUCCCCUACACACUCCCAGAGGCGUAGGGAACGUGAAAGACAUAAAAGAAGUGAAAGGGAUAAAUCAAGGCAUAGAAGUAGAGACCAGUCAGGACGUCAGACUCGCCAUCGAAAAGAGCACAGUGCACGCCAUCAUUCUCGUGGUCAUAGAAGAUCCUCAUCAUCUCCUAGAAAAAAACAUUCUGUAUCUCUUUCACCUGAAGAACACAGAGCAGCUUCACCACAUGACUUUGAGGAAUCAAAACAUACAAAUACUCUAUAUGAUGCCACCGCUUCUAACAUUGGGAGUAACACUUCAUCGGGUACCUCUGUUACUAUUAAAAAUGAUGGACAUCUGCUAAAAUGUGAAGGUUUUGACAGCCUUGAUAAAGCUGAUUCUCCAUGUUCAAGUGAACGUCUUGACAAUGUGAAGCUUGAGAGUUCCGAACCACCAAACAAAGAAUCUGACCAUAAAGGAUCAUUCACGUUCUUCAAUCAGGAAACCCUGCUUAAGGAGAAACUUGAUACUCCAAUUCCUCUAAGAGUAACUGAUCCACCUAUUCGAGAAUCUCCUGAGAGCCCUGAUCCAGAUCCACAGUUUGUGGAACCUAGUGACAUAGAAAAGACAGACUCCAUAAAGAAUGAAGAAAAUCCUCAGAUACCUGACAGUGUCCAAAUGCCACUUCUUAAGGUUGAAAAUAAUUGUGUAUCCAUUGGUGGUCAAGCAGCAUUAUCUAAUUUAGUGUGGUCUACCAUUGCAAGUCCAAGGCCAGGUAUCAGAGACCAAAGCUUGAAAGAAGUAGAUAUACUGACAGAGGGGGUGAAUUCAGGGUUGAAGAAUAUACAAAUGAUAGGUCAAGAGGGCCAUCAUUCACAGUCAUAUACAGGCUCAGAUAGGCAGGCAUUACAACCUAAAAUAGACCCAGUGCUAAAGUUUUCUGGACCAGGUAUGGAAGAACUUGGUCACAGGGAAUCACUGACAGGAAUUGGACCUGUUAUAAAAAGUGAAGGCAUGCAAGGUUUGAGUCCCACCAUUUGGGGUUCUGGAACAGACAUACAAAAACCAGGGAUUGGAAUGGAGUGUUCAGAGUCAAAUACUAGAGAACCAGGUUUUCAGUAUCUUAAGACUGAUAGAUUUCUCGCUCAAUAUUCCACAGUGCAAAAUUUGGAAAGUGCUAGUAUGCAAACAAUGGACCUAGAAGCAAAUGGUUCGCAUAUUGGACAAAGCAAACAAGACAUCAGAGUACAAAACUCUUUAAUGGCUGUCACAAAUUCCCAGAUAACAAGCCUAGAUAGCAAGUCUAGCGUGAUGGCAGUAGUAGAGGAUCAGUGUUUUGUGGGGCCACAAAAUAAUAGAGAUGGAUGUCUACAUACUCAGGUUAAGAGUCCUUUUACCAGGGGUGGAGGUGUAAGAGUUCCAGGUUCAUCUUUUGGUGGCUCAGACAAAGAUUUUCAACCACAUGGAAGAAGUGACUUCUACAGAGUGGGUGGUACUAAUAAUGAGUUAAGCAAGCAAGAUAUGACAGAAACUAGUAGCACAGAUUGUGCCCAAGACGUGGUUACAGACAUGAAAUGGACACACAUACAAGGUCCUGGACUAGACCGGAGAAAUGAACAAAUGGGACAAGAUUACAGUGGUCCUAAGCAAAACAUAAAAAAUGUAGGCUGGAAGUGUCCAGAAGCUGAUAUGGGUGGUCAGAAGAAUCAAAAUGAGUCAGUGGAUCCACAUAUUAAUGAUAUGCACUGGAAUGGCCCAGAAUCAGUCAUAAGAGAUGACUGGAGAGGUUCAAGUUCAGUACAAGGAGGGCCAUUUAAUCAAAAUGAAUGGAUGGCACACCAACAUGAUAGGAAAGAUCCAAACAUGGAGAAUAUAGGCCCUAAAAGAAGACCAGUGAGUGCAGAAUUUGUUGCACCAGAAUUUGGAAAUAAAGAGACUGAAAGGAAAAGCUUAACCAUGGAAAUUUUAGGAUCUGAAAUGAAAGGACAUGGCAAUCAGGGCCGAAGGCAUUACACAAGAGGUCUAGGUCCAGAUUUCAGGGGACCUUGUCCUGAAAGGGGAGGUCCUGGUAUGACAAAUCCAGGAAGUGACCGAAGAGGACCAGAAGGCCCACGCGUAUUGGGACCUGGACCUGAAAGUAGAAUUCCAGCUGCAGAGGGUUCUAGGGCGGACACAAGGGCAAUUGCAACCUCAGAUGACUGGGGACAAGGUCUUGAACCUGGCAGUAGAGGGUUUAAAGGUCCAGCCUUUAGUGGACAAGGACCUAAAGGAAUAGGUCCAUCAAUGGGGGAUAUAGGACCUGAUAGUGGAAGACUAAACGUUCCAGUUUUGACUGGAACAGGGCCUGACAGGAGAGGUCCUGCUAUGGGUGACUGGAGAAAAUCAGGAACUCCAAACUUUAGAGAUUCAAGAGAUGAAAGGACAGGCCCCUUUAUGGACAAUGAAGAGACUGAAAUGGAAGUGCUAGGUCCUGUUUUCCAGGAAAUAGGACAUGAAAGCAAAGGUCCGACUGCUAAUAGACAAGAGCCUCAUAGCAGAGGACCAGGGGUUACAAACGUAAUGGGAGGUGGUUGUGAAUGGAGAGGUCCCCUUUUGGAAAGACCAGGGCACAGCAGGAUAGGACCAGGAGAUCAAACAUCUGGUGUACAUGGUUCUAACAGGAGAGCACCAUAUAUAGAAGGCCCUGGUCAUGAAAGAUCUGGUCAACAAACAAAAGGUUCAGGACAUCAAAGUAAAGCACACCGAGGAUUGUGCUCUAGGGGCCCUGGACCAGAAUGUGGAAAUCAAAAUAUAGAGGGCCGAAACCCUGUUGUGAGAGGCUUUGACAUUAUGGGACCAUGGCUGGAAGAACCAGGUAUGGAGGGUUUAGGGCUCAAUAAGACAGGUCAAAGAGGUUUAUAUUUUAGGGGACCUGUAAAUGAACGAGUACUUCCAGAUAUGGACGAAAUAAAAAAAGAUUCUUGCUUUCCUGGAGGUGCACAGUGUGGGGGGUCUGAACAAGAAAGAAGACUCUUAGAGGAGGGCCAGCAACCUGAUAGGGUAAUUUCAUGCUUCAGACCAGUGCAGUCAGAAAGCAUUAUCAGGGGUCAAGGGGAUGGUCCAAAUUGUCUGGAUUUUAGAAGUCCAGACACAUUGGUUCCAGAGCCUGAUAGACAUCAACCCAAAGGCUCAGACUUUAGGGAACUUAGAUCUGAAAGAAGAGGUUUAUAUAAGGAAGAAUUCGGAUCUGACUGGAGGAGAUCAAAUUUUUUAGACUUUAGAGACCCAGGCAUCAGACCAAAUAUAGAAGGUUCACCACAUAAUAGACGAGAUGAAUGGGGAGAUUCUGAAUUUGCGGUGUUAAAACCUAGACAAGGAACUCCAGAUAUAAAGGUUCCAGGGCUUGAAAGAAUAGGCCGCCCCAUUAGAGGUCCAAAGCUUCUUAUGAGGAGAAGCGUUAGAGGCCGAGGAAAAGACAUCCCAAGUCUAAAUCAGAGAGAUAGAUGGAUAUGCACAGACUCAGUGAACCAAUGGUUAGAUAAGGGAGGACCUAAUAUGGAGACUGUAAAUGAACUAGAAGGUUCAGCUGAUACCUUCAAAAGACAUGGUAGCAUGGGUUCAGAUGAGUAUGACCAAGAUCUUAGUAGGCAAGGUCCUCAUGGUGAUUGGAGAGGCCCUGGGGAGCCAGGGCCUGUAGAGGAAGGGUCAAAUAUGCGUUUUCCAGGGCGAGAUGAUUGGAGUCGUACAGCUUGCCAGGAUCCACCACCCCUGCAUGAUAAUCCAGAUAUGGUGUACCCAGGACCUAGUAGGGGGGGGCCUGGAAAUAAUUGGAAAGAACCUGAUAGAGGGAUUUCUGGGCCAGACAGAAGGGGGCCAGGGACAUCUUUUAGAGGGACAAGAGAUCCAGAUAAUGGAGGGCAAUGUUAUGAUAGGGUUAGUCUAGGACCCAGAAAAUUAGAUAUGGGAAAUGACUUUAGAGGACACAUCAAAGAGCCAAAUCUGAAAAGGCCUUUGAAUCAUAGAGGGGUUUCAGAGUCGAUAAAUCCAGGCCCACAUGCAAGAGGAUUUGAGGUGGAAUGCGUACAUAAACCAUUUUUGCGGGGUUCAGAUUUAAGACACCCAGGGCCUGAGAACAGGAAUUCAAAUGCUAAAGUUCCACAGUCUGUCGGGAGGUUUUCAGAUCGUGGGGGGAUGGCAUUUGAAAGGUCAAGUGUAGGUAUGGAAAGCCAUGGACCAAAUAGGCAAGAAUUUGAACAUGAUUUCAGAGGAGAAAGAAGAGGACUGGAUUUAAGGCCUGGGAGUUGGAAUACAACCAUGGAGGGGGCAGGUUUAGAUUCAAGGGGAUUGGAGCAACCUAUGAAGAUUGACAUGCAGCCACCAGAUAUAAGGGGCCCUGGGCAUGUUAUCAGAGAGCCCUGCAUGAGGUAUAGAGAACCAGGGCAGAGAGGUCAAACACACAGUGAUGAGAGAUGUCAUCCUGCAAUGAGACAUUUUGAUAAACCAGGAUUACAUAAUCCGAAUAAUCCUCACCAGUCGGCCAGACCUCAAAGUCCCAGUGAGCAACAUUGUGCACAAUUCAAUAGGCCUCCAGCCCCAAAAAGUGGUGGAAAACCAUUCCUUAGUUUUGAGAGCCCACAAAAUGAGUCAGGAGCAAAACCCCAGAGACAUAGAGCUGCUUUACUUCCCACUCCUGCAGAAGGUCUCAUACAUUUCCCCAAUAGUCUGAAUAACAAUCCUGAUGUCUUCAGACAGAAACCUGAACAAAUAGGUCACAGUACAGAGAGGAAGUGGAAUAGAGCUAGACCAGCGAUUCGCAAAAGAAACAUGUUCAAAGGGACAGCAGGAACAGGAAAAAGGUCAUACUGGUAAAAUAAAAACAGGGUCCUAACACAGUCCUAAUCAGUACCUGGUGCACCUAGAGAAAAAAAGUUCAACUCAAAGUUAGACCCUUGAUGGAAAUAAACACAAUUGCAAACCAAGUUAGACACACACACAAUAUAACAACACAGUUAUCUGAUAAAGAUAUUAAGGCAUAUUUUUCUUUUCAAAUAUCUGUACACGUAUCAUUGAAAUUUUAAAAUGAUAUAGUGAAAGCCAUGAAAAUUAUUGUUUAUAACUUGAAAAGGAAAUGCUCAGAUUUGUCUAAGUUCAAUAUGUUGUUAGUUGAUUAAGACAAAAUGCCUGUCCUUAUUUUAAAUGUAUUUCAAUUCAUACAUUGAUCUGCAAAUGCAUUCUUACGUGACACUAAUGGGAAUGACAAUGUAUUGUACAAACAUUGAACAGAUUUUUUUUUGUUUUAACGUAGGCACAAUGUCAAUAGUCUUGAUGCAACUACUGAUAAAGAUUAGGCUUAUAUAAUUGUUCUUAUAGAAUGCAAGAAGUCAAUAAAAAAUCACCUGUACCUUU